GUUCACCUUUAACGACGCAAAAGACAUUGAAAUAGACGACGAUGAGGACCUCUCAGAUCUCACAGCUAUUUCAGAUGCUUUCACUGUCAAGCUACAGAAAAAAGAUUGCACAAAACCACAGUAAAAUGUAGAUCAGAAGGCAGGAACGUGUUUUCACAUUACAGUACAAUUCAACGAUCAGAAUUGUGGCGCUUUCGGUUGCCAGCAAGAAAGGUUACCCCUCUCAAAAUGUCAAAAAUGCUCAUUGUUCGAGGUGUGGAGUAUGCCAGCACAUGUAUCGUUGUGGUUGCACCGACGUUCGGGGAAUCCCGUGUAAGCAUAUCCACGCAGUCCACAUGAGACAGCCAAAUGGAAAUGAAGAUCAGAGCUGCAAAAAAUAUUUCUAUUUCUGGAAGCCUGGGAAACAAGACAAAGAUUUUUCUGUUAGGUGUUCAACAGAAUGUACCUUCUUUCAAGAAAGGCUCUUGUGAAAAGAAAUGCUGUUAUACUCGGAGCAAGUUUAGCUAGCAUUGGAACCGUUUUUGCAAGUGUACAACCAUCAUUGCAUGAAGACAUUGAAAAAAAGGAAAAUGAAGUUGAAGGAAGAUUUGGAACUUUGAAAAAGACACCAUCAUUUAAAUUUGUCAAGGAAUUGGUUGAAAAUACUGGACUUGUUCGAUUUGGCAGGGCUGCGGUUUCUGUGCUGUCAGUAAUAAUUGACUACAAAUACCUUUUUUGGAAAUAUGAAGCUAAUUCAGAAAUUUUUAAAACAGAAAAGUCAAAGUGUCACUUGAGGUCUGCAAUAAGGCUCAGAGAUUUGUGCUGUAUGAAUGGAGGCAUUUUCAUCAAAGUAGGACAGCACCUUGGAGCACUUGAUUAUCUCCUUCCGGCAGAGUACGUGAAUACCAUGAAAGUUUUGCAUACGGAUGCUCCGCAGAGCUCAUUUGAGGAUGUUGUGCAAGUGGUGGAACAGGAAUUUGGGCGUUCAUAUUGUGAGCUAUUCAACAGUUUCUCUGAGAAGCCGGUCGGGUCAGCUUCACUUGCGCAGGUUCACAAGGCAGAGCUAAAGGAUGGUCGUACGGUUGCCCUGAAAGUGCAGCAUAAAAAUGUAUUGGCGCACUCUCUUAUUGAUACAGCUACGCUUGAAUUUUUAGUAGCAGUUGUGAAGAAGUUGUUUCCAGACUUCCAGUUCACGUGGCUUGUUGAAGAAAUAAAACGAAAUUUACCCCUUGAACUUGACUUUUGCAAUGAAGGAAAAAAUUGUGAAAUGCUUGGAAGGAUGGUUAGCAGAUUUCCUUACUUGAAAGUGCCUAAAAUUCACUGGGACUUAACGACAAGAAGACUGCUGGCUAUGGAUUUCUGUGAAGGUGGCAGAAUUGAUGAUUUAGAGUUCAUUGAAAAAUCUGGUUUGUCAAAGAUAGAGAUCUCCAGUAAGAUUGGCCAACUUUACAGUGAGAUGAUAUUUGUCAAUGGGUAUAUUCAUUGUGAUCCACACCCAGGAAAUAUUCUCGUUUCGAAAAACAAGCACAACGAGGCAGAAAUUAUAAUGCUUGACCAUGGUCUAUAUCAGACGCUGACAGACGAGUUUCGAGUGACGUAUUGCAAACUUUGGCAAGCACUGGUCCGUGCAGAUGUGGAUGCCAUUAAGCACCACAGUGACGCCCUCGGUGUUGGAGACAUGUACGGCCUAUUUGCCUGCAUCAUAUCAGCGAGAUCUUGGGAUGCAAUUACAUCAGGCAUAGAUAAAACGUCAUUUUCCAAGCAAGAGAUGAAAGAGAUCCAGAACUUUGCAGUCAAAUACAUACCUGAGAUAACGGAGAUACUGAAUCGCGUACCAAGACAAAUGAUUUUACUUUUAAAAACCAACGAUUUGCUACGAGGAAUUGAUUCAAAGCUGUCAGCAACGAGGUCGUUUGUGACAUUGUCCAAGUGCUGCUUGCGUGCAGUUAAGGAAUAUGACUUAUCAAAUUGCAAUGGUCUUUUUUGCUGGUUUAGUGUUCAGCUGCGAGCGAAAGUUGACGAAAUGAGAAUAACUUUGUACCAAAUAUCAAUGUCUUCUUGUGCUAACCAGUUAUCAGGCAUUUUGACGUUAUUUAUUUUCCCAAUCAGGAAAAUCGCUAGGUUUAUUUCAACAAUUUUCAUCCUAUAGAAUGUUCCACAAGAAAUUUUUACUUACCAAUUGUAUUUUUAUGUUAUAAGGAAAAACAUUUGUAGCUAAUUCUCAAAGAUUUCCAUUUCUACAUAUUUGUUACAUAUAUGAUAUCUAAAAGAUAUUAAAUUGAUGAAUUUGUACAUAAAACGUAUUGGUCAGACCAUGUUAGUUUUAUUUUUACUGACAGUCAGCCAAACUUGAAAACAUUUUCAAGGAUGUGAUUUUCUUUGCUGUUAAAUUUACAUUGGAAAUCAGAAGCACAUAUUUCACGCAAGUGCUAUCCAUCAUCAGGCCAAUGAAACAGAAUUUCGAAAGCUUUCGUGAAAACCUAGGAAAAGGGUGCAAUGUUUGUCUUCAUACUCUCUUUGAGGUUUCAGCUGUGUAAUCAUAAUUUCUAGUCUCUUUGGCAGCACAAAAUAAUAGCAUUGUCAGAAAAACACAGACAUAACCCCUGAAUGUUACAUAAAAGGUGUCCUAAAGUGUGUCAGUGACAAGAGUCUUUGAAUUAUUAAAUUAAACAUUUUCAAUUGAAAUCAUAUUGAAAAUUGUACCAAAGUAUUUUCUUUAAACUAAAAAUGGGUCUGAAAGGUGCAUCAGAUGUAUUAAAUUUGCAAAUAAAUAAAAAAAAUCAAGGUUUUAGUCCUGCUCAAAAAAUUGACUAGCUUGUCCAAAUAAGGGGGUUACUCUUUUAAAUCAUUCCCUGCGUGCAGUGUGUUUGGUCCUGAUCCUGGAUUGAUUUCCUGCUAAAAGUUCUUGCCCAACUGACACACUUUGCAUUUAUUAUUCAAAAGACCAGCCUAAUAUCGUACAGCAUGAAAAUACAACACAGUCAACUGUACAAGAAAACUGCCGCUUAGCAUUCCGGUUGCGCAAGACCCUUUAAGCAAGUAUUCUAGCAUUUAAAGGACAAGU